UUGCCUAUCAUUUGUGACAAAAAAAACAAACGUGCAAUAGAUUUUAAUCAGUUUUCACAGAAGGUUACUUGAAGGUUUGUUUCGGAGCUUGAUCUUUGUUUUUAUGGUUUAAAGCUUUUCUCUAUCAACGCUGUUUUGCCUUUGGGUCAUUCUGAUUUGGUUUUUCGCACGCAACAGUCGGGAUAUUAUUGCCAUGCAGCUGAUCUAUCGUGAUCUGGAGGCAGACGUAGUUCGUCGCACAAAUGCCGUCUUUCUGGCCCAAAAUUUUUGGGUGGAGGUGCUUCCCGACCAGUUUAUCAUCCCCAGGAAAUACGUGGAACUGGGCGAGUCCAUUCGCUCGCUGCCUGUUUUCGAGGACGACGUCUGGAUGGUGUCCUAUCCGCGCACAGGAUCCUCUUGGGCCCAGGAAAUGGUCUGGCUGCUGGGUCACAAGCUGGAUUAUAAGGCCGCAGAGCAGGACGUGCGAAUGCGAUCGCCAUUCAUUGAAUUUUCCGCCUUGUUCAGUAUGGAUCAUCAUAAGGCGAUGGCCCAAAAGUUUGGAAAUACCGUGGAGCUGGUUCGCAAUCUGCCACGCCCCCGAUUCGCCCGCUCCCACUUGUCCUGGCAACUUUUACCGGAGCAAUUCGAGACUGUGAAGCCGAAGAUCGUUUACACAGCCCGAAAUCCCAAGGAUCAGUGCGUUUCUUACUAUCACUACCUCAAGAUGCGGCAAGGAUUCAUUGGGGACUUUGAUCAGUUUGUGGACCUCUUCCUGGAUGGGUACGCUCCAAUUGGUCCCUACUGGAAGCACGUGCUGCCCUUCUGGAAACGGAGCCAGGAGGAGAACGUGCUGUUCAUCAAGUACGAGGAUAUGGUUAAGGAUCUGCCGAGUGUGGUGGGACUCUGUGCCCGAUUCCUGGGUGUUGAGAAUCUCCUGGAUGCCUCCAGUCUGCAGAAACUUUGCGACCACCUUACCUUCGACAAAAUGCGGUCCAACAUGGCUAUUAAUCUGCCGAAGCCGUACUCAAAGUUUAUUCGCAAUGGCAAAAUCGGAGAUUGGCGGAACCACAUGGGAAACGAGAUGUCGGAGCGAUUUGAUGAAUGGAUCGAGCUGCACUUUCGUGGUUCUGGACUCAGCUUUGAUUACGAGUGAAUUUUAUUGGGAAUUUUGUUAUAUUUCAUAUUUAUAUUUCCCUAAACCAAUAAAAUAGAAUAAAAUUA